AAUUCCCGACCCACUCUAAUCUGUCAUCACCACCACUCUGUCCAAACAAAGCCUCUGUCUUUUCUCUUCUAUUUGAUCCCUCUCCUCCUCCUCCUCCUCCUCCUCCCCCAAGCGCUCUGUCUCUUGCCUUCAAGUUUCUCACAUACCAGCAAAUUAAACUAAGAAAUUAAGUUAUUCCAACUUAACGUACAGUGUUGACAUAUUCAAGUGUUCAAAGGCAUUGAAAUAUCCGUUGGUGUAGGUGUAGUUUUUAAUUUCAUUUGACUGAUUACCUCGGGGUCGCCGCAAUGCACCGAGUGGGCAGUGCGGGGAACAAUGCCAAUUCUAACCGCCCACGUAAAGAAAAGAGGCUGAGAUAUGUAUUGAGUGACACUGAUGAUACAAAGCAUUGUGCCGGCAUAAAUUGUUUGGCUGUCCUAAAGUCAUCUUUCUCUGAUGGGUGCAACUAUCUCUUCACUGGAAGCCGAGAUGGCACACUUAAGAGAUGGGCGCUGGAUGACGAUGCUGCUACUUGCUCUGCUACAUUUGAGUCACAUGUUGAUUGGGUAAAUGAUACUGUAAUUGCUGGUGAUAAUACACUUGUUUCAUGUUCAUCAGACACCACAUUGAAGACAUGGAAUUGCUUGUCUGAUGGAACUUGUACCAGCACUCUCCGUCAACACUCUGACUAUGUAACUUGUCUUGCUGCAGCUGAAAAAAAUACCAAUGUGGUUGCCUCUGGGGGUCUUGGUGGGGAGGUUUUUGUAUGGGAUAUUGAAGCUGCAGUUACUCCUCUCUCAAAGUCCAGUGAUGUAUUGGAAGAUAAUUGUUCCAACGGUAUCAAUGGUUCUGGAAAUUCAUUAUCAAUAUCAAGUUUGCGGACAAUUAGCUCGAGUAACAGCAUUGCUGCUCAGACAGCUCAGUGUCAUGGGUAUGUCCCCAUAUCUGCCAAAGGCCAUAAAGAGUCCGUCUAUGCGUUGGCAAUUAAUGAUAGUGGAAGCCUUCUUGUCUCUGGUGGAACUGAGAAGGUUGUGCGAGUUUGGGACCCAAGAACUGGAUCGAAGACUAUGAAGCUAAGAGGGCAUACAGAUAACAUUAGGGCUCUACUUAUGGAUUCUACUGGCAGAUAUUGUUUAUCGGGGUCGUCUGAUUCUAUGAUCAGGCUAUGGGACCUUGGUCAGCAACGCUGUGUGCAUUCAUAUGCUGUGCAUACGGAUUCUGUUUGGGCACUUGCAAGCACCCCAACCUUUAGUCAUGUUUAUAGUGGUGGUAGAGAUCUUUCUUUAUAUUUGACAGACUUGACAACUAGAGAGAGUCUUUUGCUUUGCACAAAGGAGCAUCCGAUUUUGCAGCUGGCAUUGCAUGAUGAUAGUAUAUGGGUUGCAACGACAGAUUCUUCGGUUCAUAGAUGGCCUGCUGAAGGAAAAAAUCCUCAGAAGGUCUUUCAAAGAGGUGGUUCAUUCUUGGCUGGAAACCUGUCCUUCUCCAGAGCACGAGUUUCCUUGGAAGGGUCUACCCCAGCUCCUGUUUAUAAAGAACCAAUCUUCACCAUUCCCGGAACUCCUGCAAUAGUUCAGCAUGAGAUUUUAAAUAACAGAAGGCAUGUAUUGACUAAGGAUACUGCUGGUUCAGUAAAGCUCUGGGAGAUAACCAAGGGUGUUGUGAUUGAAGACUAUGGACAGGUUUCGUUUGAUGAGAAAAAGGAGCAGUUGUUUGAGAUGGUAAGCAUUCCUGCAUGGUUCACUGUGGAUACCCGACUUGGGAGCUUGUCUGUUCACUUGGACACCCCUCAAUGCUUUUCUGCAGAGAUGUACUCUGCAGAUCUGAACAUAACUGGCAAGCCUGAGGAUGAUAAGGUCAAUCUAGCUCGUGAAACCCUUAAAGGCCUAUUGGCUUAUUGGAUGACUAAAAGAAGGCAAAGACUUGGCUCCCAGGCUUCAGUUAAUGGAGAUGUUUUAUCAGGAAAAGAUAUUACUACAAAAAGUCUUACGCAUUCAAAAAUUGAGGUGGAUGUUAAUGCUGAAAAUGAUUCCAUGGUAUAUCCUUCUUUUGAGUUUUCUACAGUUUCCCCUCCCUCAAUUAUCACUGAGGGUUCCCAAGGAGGUCCUUGGAGAAAGAAAAUUACUGAAUUGGAUGGAACCGAGGAUGAGAAGGAUUUCCCUGGUUGGGUUUUGGACUGUGUUUUGAGUAACAAGCUUCCACCUCGCGAGAACACCAAGUGUAGCUUCUACCUUCAUCCUUGUGAAGGUUCAGCUGUUCAGAUCCUCACACAAGGGAAGUUAAGUGCACCUCGCAUCUUGAGAAUACAUAAGGUUGCUAAUUACGUUGUAGAAAAGCUUGACAAACCAUCUGAUAAUGCUAAUACGGAUGGGACAUUUUCGCCUGGACUUGGAGGACGAUUGCAGCAUUUAGCAGUUGGGGAUGGAUCUUUUCGGUCUGGAUUGAAGCCUUUGCAAAAGCCUCGACCUUCAGUCGAGAUUUUAUGCAAUAAUCAGGUAUUAUCUCCAGACAUGAGCUUAGCUACUGUCCGGGCUUAUGUAUGGAAGAAACCUGAGGACUUGGUACUUAAUUAUAGAGUGAUACAAGGCAGAUGAUCUUAUUGACUUCUGGGAGCAGGUUGGUCUCAGUAUAUUGGGAUGAAAAUCUAAUACUUUGGUAAAGUGUUGGGACUUAUUAUGUUCAUCUGAGAUAGCCUUCGUGGUCUGAAAGUGUUGGUGGGAUCCUUCGAUAUUUUGAAAGACGACAGGUUUCAAUCUGGGGGCGUUCUCCAGACUUUUUCCAGGGGAUCAUGAUUAAUGUUUUCAUAGUUAGGCAGAUGCUAUGAUGAAUUUUUGGUCUUGACAUGCAUGCAUGCAUGCUUUCACCAUAGAGCAGAAAAAAAAAAGUUCUAGGGUUGCAAUGCAAUCAACUGAAGAGUUUGUUAUUCCGGGUGGACAACGAAAACCGGGUACUUUCUGGGACAAAAACAUUAAGGCUUAAUGAUUUCGGAAGCUGUGUAGAUUUGUUUUAUGGGGGAUGAUAAUCUAGUCAUUGAAACUGUUAUUGUGAAGUUGAAUUUUUCUUCAUUUAUUAUUCUUCGAAAUAAGACAAUCAAUUUGCAUUGAA